AUGGAUACCUUCUCUAUUUACGCGGUCUUUGACGGACAUGGUCAAAAGGGCCACGACGUCUCCCAGUUCGUGAAGGACAUGCUUCCAAAGAUUAUCUUGAAGGAUCCUCGGUCGAAAUCGCCGGAAGUUGGCUCCUGUCUCAUUGACUCCUUCAAGAAGGUUCAAAAGCUUGUCACAGCUGCAGACAAGAUGAAAACGCUGAGCGCGCAAAUGUCUGGCACUACUGCCACUGUGUGCUUCCUUGAUCAUCUACACGAGAAGCUGACCAUCGCCCAUGUGGCCGACAGCACCGCUGCGUUUGGCGUAAAGAAAGGCGGCCAGUGGAUCGGUACAUCCGUCACCAAAGACCACAAGCCCAACCUGAAGGGCGAGCGCGAGCGAAUCGAAAAAAAUGGUGGCAGGGUGGUCUUCGAUGGCUACGCUAACCACCGAGUUUAUGCCAGAAAUGCAAGAUAUCCGGGCCUGAACAUGUCACGGUGUCUUGGUGAUCUUGUUGGUCAUGAGCAGUGUGGGAUUACCUGCGAGCCCGAGAUCACUCCGGUGGAGCUCCAGAAGGGGGCAGAGCAGCUGUUGCUUGUUUGCAGCGACGGCGUGUGGGAGUUCAUCACUUCCCAAGAGGCCGUGGACCUCGUCAGCACGCGGCCUGCAGAACAUAGCGAGCAAGCAGCGGGGCUGCUGGCCAAAGAAGCUUGGGAUCGCUGGAUCCGUGAAGAGGGCGGCGCCGUGGUCGAUGACAUCACCGUCGGCUUGGUCCACAUUGCAAGGACUGCUGCCGCCGAAGCGGAGAUAUGCAAGCCCGUGCGAGCGCGUUCGACUCAGGAGGUCGGACAAAGUGCCGGAGAGAUGACAUGCUUGCCGUUUCACUGGGCGAUGCCCCAGGCCACUCUGUCAAAGAUGGUUUUCAGUUUGGCAUCCUUGGGGGCGGAAGGGGUGGCCGGACUCCAAAAGGAGACCUUGAGCAUCCUUGAGCAUUCUCGGGAGCCCUGGGCUUCAAGUCGUUAUUGGGGGGCACAUUCUGGCACGACAACAUGCGACGACAUAGUCUCUGGAGCUCCAAUGACUCCAAUGUCAGCCCGGGCGAGUGGCACCAAGGCCCACCAAGGGGCCCCUUGA